GUAACCUUGAUCCGUGUCUUCUAGAUCAUGCAAGUUAUUAAUAGUUAUGUUUACUUUACAUAUAUGCAUUUAAUUAAUUUUUUUGUGACUCUCUCCACGAAUCACUGCCCUUAACUGUACAGCAAUAUUCUAAAGAGGUUAAUGAACCAGCAUAAAUCAAUAAAACAAAUCAGUCAUCAAGCCAUUUGUUUAUUUAUGGAAUGCAAGGAGGACUGAUUUAAAUCAAUGGGAUCAUUCUGAAAAGGGGUUGGUAGAAUAAUAUAAAUACAGCUCAAAUUCUUGAUUAAUCUUUCCUAUUUCUUUCUUCUUUCUUUUUAUCUUCUAUUAAUCAAUCACAGUUGGAACAAUCUCACUUUCAUAAAAGUUCUUUAAUUGAUUAAAAGUUACAUACAUAAAUAUAAACAACAUAAUGAGAUACUCAACUAUAUUAGCUGUUGCUGCAUCAUUGAUAAAUCGUUCUUGUGCCUACUAUGUGCCAUCAGAACCAUUUUCUACUUUAACUCCUUCAGCUACUUACUCAGGUGCUACCACCGACUACACUCAAUCAUUCGGUAUACAAAUUGAAACUUUAGCUUCUUCUUCAGCUACCGCUGCUGCCAAGAGAGAUGUUAAUCAAAUUGGUGAUGGCCAAAUCCAAGCUCAAACCACUUCUACAGCCCAAAUAAUAAACCAAAUUGGUGAUGGCCAAAUUCAACACCAAACCACUGCCACUCCAGCAGAAGUAGUUGCUCAAAUUGGGGAUGGUCAAAUUCAACACCAAACUAUUUCCACCGCACAAGUUAUUAACCAAAUUGGUGAUGGUCAAAUUCAGCAUCAAACUACUCUUACAACUUCUACACUUUCUGGUGCUUCUCAAAUUACUGAUGGUCAAGUCCAAGCUCCAACUGAAGCUGCCGCUGGUGAUAGUGCAUUCCCACAAUCUUGUCUUACUACAAACUCAUUAGCUAUGACUUUGAAUAAAUCUAUUUUAACUGAUUCUCAUGGUAGAAUUGGUUCUAUUGUUGCUAACAGACAAUUCCAAUUCGAUGGUCCUCCACCUCAAGCUGGUGCUAUUUACGCUGCUGGUUGGUCUAUCACCAAUGAUGGUUUCUUAGCCUUAGGUGACGCUGAUGUCUUCUACCAAUGUUUAUCCGGUGACUUCUACAACUUGUAUGAUGAAAAUGUCGCCGCUCAAUGUGAACCAGUAAAAUUAAAGAUCAUUGAUUUGGUCUCAUGUUAGAUUAUUAUAAAAUAACCACUUUUUAAAAUUCUUCUCGUUAUUAUUAAAAUUUCUGUAUAGGUUUGGGUUUAUAUUUCAAAAUAAAUUAGUUUUAUUAGAAUAAUUUCGAUCAGUAAAACAAAAUGAAAGUUUACAGAAUAUUGCAGGAAUCCUAACUAUUUAA